AUGGCGCGCAAUGAGGAGAAGGCGAUGUCGGCGCUGAACCGAUGGACAGCGCAGAAGAGAGACAUCGAAAUGCAGAAAAACAUGGGCAAGUCGACCUAUAUGGGAGGCGCGUUGCCGGACACUGCCCUGUAUGGACCCUACAAGUCCAAGAAGAGGCCGAAGAUUGCAUCAGAAGUGACCACCGUCAAGGAAUGCGAGCAUUGGCGCGGGGAGAUCAUUCGCGGCGUGGCUAAGAAGAUCGCGGAGAUCCAAAACGCGGCAUUAGGCGAGCACCGGAUCAGGGACUUAAACGAUGAGAUCAACAAAGAUCUCAGGGAGAAAGGAUACUGGGAAGACCAGAUCAAAGCCUUGGGCGGUGCUGACUACAAGAGCGCUCCACGUGGAGAUGUGGAAACCUACGGCGCCGAGUUGGCAGCCCACAGUGGCUACAAGUACUUUGGAGCCGCCAAGGACCUCCCGGGUGUGCGCGAACUCUUCGAGACUGAGAUCGUCCCUGAUGCCCCGCGGAAGACUAGGAAACAGCUCUUCCAGUAUAUUCAGCCGGAUUACUAUGGCUGGCGAGACGAAGAGGAUGGGAUGUUGAUCUUAGCUGAGCAGAUGUUUGAGGAACAGUCGGUGAAGAAAGCCAUGGAGAAUUGGACGGAGCCAGCGCCAAAGGAAAAGACUAAGAAGCGCAAGACCAACAAGGAUGAAGAAAAGAAGGAAGAGAAGCCCAAAGAACAGGACUUCAAAGAUUUCAAGGCCUAUGUGGAUGUCCCCACGAUGGAGGAUAUUGAGCGCAUGAUCGUGCAGAAGAAGAAAGAAACACUGCUGAUCAACGCCCUGACUGACUUCUUCGUGGCCAGAAGUGGCCCCAUUGAGGAGGAAGGGCCUAUGAUCAUCUAUGAGGACGAGGCAGCAGGCCAAGCCAUGGGGGUUUUCCCUCCUGUCGCGCUGCUCAGAGGCAGCAGCUCGCUGGACCCCCAAGUGACGCAACGACAGAUGUUUCCAGCCACCAUCCUGGAUGAGCUUCAGAUGGCCUUCGAACUGCGAAAGGUCCGCCACAUUGUGGAGGAAAUCGUUGGAAUGGACGACUUUACUGACGAAUCUUGGCACAAAAACUGGUGCCGCGAUGAAUUUCAGGAGCUCCAAGGAAAUGCAGACGACUUGCUUCACCUUUGGGAGGUGGUCGGGGUCCCAGUGGCGGACCAAAUCCUUGACACCCAGGCGGUGUUGAAAGCUGCUCUUCAUGCAGCGCAAAAGUGUCUGGCCUCGCUGGAUCUUCGCCGUGCGGAACUGGAGAGGCAAUGCGAGGAUCUUGAGACGGAGAUCCAGGAGCAUUUACAGAGCCUCGCGGCCGGCCGUUUUGCCAAGGAGCUGUCGCAAGCAAAGGUCUUGCCAUUGGAUCCCCAGGCCGCAGCGCUGCAGCAGUUGCUGGAGCAAGUGCUGAAGGCCAUUCAGGAGCAAGACCAACUUCGCACGGAUUUGGCGAAAGCGUAUGCCUUGUCCAGAGAUUUGCCGAUCCUUCCCGGACAGAAUGAUGCGCUGGGACAAAAUGUGUCUUAUUUGCCCAACCUAAGAUAG